GUUGCUUUCCUUUACAAAUUUUUCUCCAAAGGUAAGCUGCGGGCCCUUGGCCACAGAUGAAAAAUGAACAGGCAAAAAGCAGAGAAGAAUAAGAAAGAGAGAACAGAGAGGAAUCUGAGAGAACCUACUACUAGUGCCCUAGCCAUAGAAGAAGAAAUCAGAGGAGGGGAUGCAAUCAGAGAAGUCGCCCAAAAUCAUGGUGGCUGUUAAUAAUUCCAUUAGAAAUCAACAAAAGCUUCAAUUACUUCUCCUCUGCUGUCUCCAACGAAAAACAUGAAAGUCCAUUUUUGUCCUUUCUUUGUCUUUCAUUUUUUAUUCGAUAAGCUCAUCUAAAUUUGCUUACAGGUGGUUUCGGAUCCAAAGCCUCCACGAGCUCUAGAUCUUGCCUCUCCUCUUGAAACCCUAACCCUAGAAUCUGUUUUAUCUUUUAUCAAAUUUUUGGCAGGACAAGUUCAGGAUCUUCCUUUAAAGCUGGGAUUGAACCCCAGAUACUGUUUUUUCUUGAUCAAUCUUGUUCAAGCUUGGUUUUCCAUUUUGGUUUGGUUUGGUUUGGGGUGGUCCAGCAAAAGAUGUCUCGGUACUUUCCGUAUCCUCUUCCAGGGUACGUGAAGAACGACAUCCGUGAUGAGGCACUAAUUGAAUCUGUUAAGGCUAGGCUUGUGAGUAUUGGUUGCUCAAGAACUUUGAGUUUGGCAUGGAGAUUGGUUUGUUCACUCUGCACUUUUUCUACUUUGUUCCUUUUACUUGAUUUUGUUCAGAAUUAUUAUAUUAUGGCUAUUACUUUGUUCAACUUACCCUGAUUGCUUGGAGAAAAUGCUUUUGAUAUUUCUUGUCUCAUUUCAUUGUCAUGUGGAUGUUUGUAGGAUUGAUGAAUGGAUUGAUCUUACCAUCUUGCAAACUACUUAGAGUGUGUUGACUCGUCCAUCUUAAGGUAGAUUAUUUCUUUCUGAGGUUAUUCUAUUACCUUUUAUCAUAUUAUCUUUUGUUUAGACUUCCCUUUAGUUCCUUUCAUUUAAAGUAGAUUUAGAUUGUGUUGGUUUUUUUUUUUUUGUUUUAACUUUAUUUCUCUUUUCAAAUAUUUUGAUAUGUUUAUGAAUUUUGUGCUUAAUAUCACCAUUGUUUGUGAUUGCCAUGGACAAAUUAAAUAAAACUAAUUCACUUAUUACAUUUUAUGCACAGCAGAACCUGAGCUGGGUUCUGCUGAUGCUGGGUUCUGCACCAGAACCCGAGCUGCAGAACCCAGCAACCCAGCAGAACCCAGAUCUGGGUUCUGCUGCCUGGGGGAAAAAAAAAAAAAAAAGUGAAACGGGUAAAUUUAUAAUUACAUUUUUAAAAUCUUUUGGUUAUCUUUGGUUAUGUGGAGUGUGCACACCCAGGUAUUGAAUCCGGGUGUGCACCAAUUGUAGUCCUUUUGGUAAAUAUCUCCUCUUUGAUUUUGAAAGUUUUUCAUGUAGGCUAUGUAGCGAUUGUUACAAUUUGUUAAUGAUGUUAUAGGCCAAUAAGUAUUGUUUAUACUCUCAUCAAUAUUAUUAUUGCUUGGGCUACAUAGUUAUUGGCAGAUUUCUAUUCUCAUCAAAUUUGUAGUUGCAAUUUUCAGUUAGAGUUCUGAAAAUGGUCAAGAGGAAGAUUACUGGAGAUUUUCCUUUUAUGAUUCUCAUAUUAGAAGUGAACUGAAGGUAGAAAAAGCUAAAAAUGUUACAUAAGUUAGAAAAGUUAUUAUGCUAAAAUUAUUUAAUGUUUAGAUUUAGUGAUUUAUAGUAGAGUUAAAUAAUAAAACAGUUUGUUAUGAGUUUUGUUUUCAUAGCUAAAGAGUGAAGCAGUUUGGUAUGGGUUUAGUUUUCGUGGCUAAAGAAUAAAACAUUAUUUACUGCAAGAAUAUUAGUUUUGUGGCAAAAGGUUUAAAACAUUUUGCCACGUACUUAUUAUGCUUGUGGCAGGAAAUAUUAUUCUUAACUAUGGAACAAAUAAAUGCCAUGACUAUUUGUUAGCCACGCCAUUCCUAGGCACUACAAGCUACAAAAAAUAUCUUUAUGGCUAAACCAUUUAGUUACGAGAUUUUCACUAUUUAAUUAUAGGAUCUCUUAAAGCUGGAGAUGUAAAAUGUAGUAAAUUAGAUAAAUGUGU